UCCCUCCCUCCCACCCUCCCACCCAUUCCGUAAUGCCUCCGUUUCCCCGUGUCUUUCUUAGCAGGCUUUAGCCUCAUGAAACAUUAGUUGUUGCGGGUUUAGCAGCCCUUGUCUCCUUCACCCAAGGGUUAUUGAAAUUCCUCAGCUUGUUUUUCCCCGGAAACAUUCAGCCAUUUAGAUUCAGACGGCGUGACUGCACGCUGGGAGCGCGCCGUUAGACGCCCGAAGAGCAGCAUCAGCAGCAGCAGCAGCAUCAGCGCACGAGGAGCGGCUGGAGGACGCUCGUGCCCCGCCAGUGCAUCGAGGUUUUCAACAGACGGGAGGUCCUGACACAAAAGGUCAUCAACUGGACUGUCCUGCACACACGUGGCAUCAAACAAAAGCGGUAAAAAUGAGUUGUUGGUGUGCGCAGGUGAAUCACAUGGACAUGGGCCGUGUCGACAGCUGGUGUAAAGUGGGCUCUGCAGGCGUCCUUCCCUCGGAUUACAUUUUAAUGGAUUAGAACUAAACAGCAAUCAAUAAAGCGCCAACACGCCCAUACAUCUGCAUGCCGACGCAGCUGGACAACACAAUUAAAUUAGUGCAUCUGGCACACAGUGUCAAACCCUACAAGCACACACACUGUGGACUGAAGGACAGAUGCUACUCCCUCACCCUUCUUUUCAUCAUCCUCUCAAAGCCAGCUGCAAAGAAGAUUUGGGACUGACGAGUUCUGUCCCUUUUUCUCCCAUCUUGAACCCCAUGCUCCUAGCUCCUUCAACCUUGGUCUUCAAUAAACUUUUGUCUUUCAUGGAAUGAUUGCCGCUUCAGACAAAGGAAAAAGAUGAAGGUCAAUUAAAGUUUGGCUCCAGCUUUGGAUGAAUUUUUCCUCUGCAGGCAUCUAUCUGCAUGUUUUAGAGUCUUUGUCAACAUCAAGAAAGUUGCUUUUUUUUUUUAAAUCUUCAGAAACUUUUUGUUUGAGGAAAGUUGGAGGAAAAACUGACAAAAGUUCUCCCAACUUAGCUUCACUACUUUUUAUACAAACAUCUCCCAGUGACGCAAUGGACUGGAACAGGUGCAAAACUGUUUUUGUGGAGGAAGGCUGAAGCUGUGAUGCACCACCCUUCAGGACAGACCUCCUCCCCCCUCCCGCUCCUCCUCCUGUCUUCCCUCCCUCUCUCUGCUGCCCUCCACUGAUCUGCCAGCCUUCCUCAGCUCCGGCGCUUCAGUGCAGAGAGGAGCAGGCGAGCUCAGUGCUCGCACAGAUGGCAGAGGAGACAGAGCAUUCGUUGAAUUCCACCAAAGCUUUCGGUCAUUAGGAGCAGGUAUAGAUGGGCGUGAAAACAACAGCGGAAAAUUUCUAGGCGGUGGGGGAAAAAAGCCCCUGGAAGGAAGGAGAAGACUUCAGAAGCAGGGAGAGAUCACAGCUGUAAGAAAGUCUUUGUCCGGCUCCGUUUGUCUGCAGCUUUGAGGGUCAGCUGUCUUUGUGGAAGUCUCCCCAUUUACGCCGACAAGGAUCUGGUGGUUGCUGAGAAUCAUUCAAAAAAGGAGGAGGUGCUGGACUUGGGACAGUGGCAGGCCCAAGAGUGGGGACAUGGCCGUGGGGGGGCCGUAUUCCGACCUCCGCGCUCCAACGGGACAGAGGUUGGAGCUGGGGGUUCUGGAGCUUGGGUCAACCCAGGGGAGUUCUCCGACUGUCAGAGCUCAGACCCUGGAUGAGCGGGGGUGUGGUCAUGGGUGGAGGUAGCACGGAAAGAGGUGGAGGAGCAGAAAAGGGGGGCAAGACCAGAUGUUCCCGUAGACUCUGGGUUCUCUUCGGGAUGCUGGCUCUCGUCUUUCUCACCUCGCUGUUCUUCUCCGUCUCACUUCGUGGGGGCGUCAGCCUUAACUACCUGGAGCCGCCUGGGUGGGAGGAGGCAAGGCGGGUCAAGUUGGUCCCCAAUUAUGUGGGUGCACACCGGCUGUCUAUGUCUGAUGGACCGCUGCAGAAAACAUGUGCAUGUCCUCGAUGUGUGGGAGACCCCGGGGUCUCCGACUGGUUCGACGAGAACUACGACCCAGAUAUCUCUCCUGUUUGGACCAAAGACAACAUCCAGCUGCCCUCAGAUGUCUACUACUGGUGGGUGAUGUUGCAGCCCCAGUUUAAACCCCACAGCAUCCAGCAGGUGUUGCUCAGGCUGUUUAAGGUGAUUCCCGGGAGGUCCCCGUAUGGCUCAUGGGAUCAGGGGCGCUGCCUGCGCUGUGCCGUAGUGGGGAACUCUGGAAAUCUCCGUGGAUCGGGAUACGGAAAAAUCAUUGAUGAACACAACUUCAUCAUGAGGAUAAACCUGGCCCCCACGGUGGGCUAUGAAGAAGACGUAGGCAGCCGCACCACCCACCAAUUCAUGUACCCGGAAAGCGCCAAAAACCUGGCACCAAACAUCAGCUUUGUCCUGGUUCCCUUCAAAACCCUGGAUCUGGUUUGGAUCACCAGCGCUCUCUCCACCGGACAGAUUCGAUUCACCUACGCUCCAGUGAAGCAGUUCCUGCGUGUGGACAAAGACAAGGUUCAGAUCUUCAACCCAGCAUUCUUUAUGUACAUCCAUGACCACUGGACCAAACAUCACGGACGCUACCCGUCCACCGGCAUGCUGGUGCUGUUCUUUGCUCUGCACGUCUGCGAUGAGGUUAAUGUGUUCGGCUUUGGAGCAGACAGCCGAGGAAACUGGCACCACUACUGGGAGCAGAACCGCUACUCUGGGGAGUUCAGGAAGACCGGCGUUCACGACGCAGACUACGAAGCGCAGAUCAUUCAGGAUCUGGCCAAAGCCGGGAAAAUCACAGUGUUUCCUGGGAAAUGACGGGUCAGCCUGCAGGCCCAUGUUAGAAAGCUGCUGGCCCCUUAGAUGCUCUUGGUUUCAUUUAACAGCAGGGUUUUGGGUUUCCUGCUGGGUUUGACAUUGGUGCGACUCAUCACAGAAUAAACCUCCUCCGUUCUCUUUCCCUUUGAGGAAGAGGUAGGAAGCUCAGAAUUUACCCCAAACAAACAGGUCUGGGGAAGAUUGAGCCACUUCCUCCUCUGGACGGAGCAAAACUUUGCAGCCCCUAUUUAGCAAAGCAAAUCCUGCUUGAAUCCAAUGCACUGUGCAUCUUCAGUUCAGCUGGAGGAUCAUCACCAGGCCUUGUGGUGUCAUUUUGACCUGCUAUACUGUGGAUGUUUGCAGUGAUGCGAGUCUGCAGCAGCGAGGAUUGAUGCUGUAGACUCUUGGUUAUGAGCCGUCAUGUCAGUAGUACUUUAUGUGUCCUUAAAUCCUGAGAAACGUGGUCAGGAUUUCUGCCUUUGUUCGACUUGGAGAGAGAAAGCUGCAGCAUGAGACACAGCUUCCGCCGCCAUGGCAACCCCUCACAUCCAGACGCUUGGAGAUGCAGUGGGCGAGCGCUGCGACUUUGUGAGGCCGGAGAGCCGUCUCCUGGGGUUUUCCUGCUGGCGUCUGGACCCACAUGUGGUCGCUCUGGGUCCAAUUUGGGAGAUGACAACGGAUACAUGGGAUUGUAAACUGGACCAAGAUCAUCUCUCUGUGGUUCACCCACAGACACACCACCCCUACGUUAAAGGGCCACGCGAUGAGGCGACAGAAACUCCCCACUGGAGCUUAUUAUGACUUGUCAGCUGCUUGCUUCAUUAAGCACUCUCCCAGCUCCUCAUUAGCCGAUUUAAAUUCCAGCCCAGUUUGGAGGAGGCAGAGCAACACUUCUGACGCCACUUCUGUCAGCGCCGACCUGCUUUUCGUCCUUGCUCAGACAGCGCUCACAGGUUCUUAUGUUUAUCACCUAGUUAUGCACACAAAAAAACUAAACAUUUUCUCCAGGCUGUAGUUCUAAACCAGAAGCAGCUGGUGGCUGCUGAGGAAAAACACUCAGGGUUCCUGAAAAUGAACAAACCAGAUUGAAGCCCCAUCUCCUUGACCUGACAAUGGGCAUGUCCUGAUCCGGUCAAGGAUGAGGAAAAACCCGAAGAAUCAGAAGCAUUUUUGACUUGAUGCACAGCGCCAGCACAAAAAAAACCCUGCUGGUGUUGUGAAGCAGAACUAGUUUCUUUGUUUUAACAGUUUUCUUCAUUUUAAUCUUGUUUUUGAUUUUCUCUGCAACUUCAGUGCUUAAAAACAGCUGUUUGGAAACAGCGUUUGCUCAUAAGCAAAAGACCAGUUUGUCUUAGACUUGGCAUUUAAAAGAAUCUAUGGUUUGUGAAGUUUUGAACACAUUCUUACCAGAAUGGCUUCACACUGAUCAAACCUGGCUUUUUUUUAAGUCACGACCCAUACAAUCUCAUGAUCAAGUACAAAUAGAAAAGUGAAUCUCCUUAACUCUCAUUUUGGUGCCUGUAUUUUAUACAAAUCACUGAAAUCUGUUCAGCAGCUCCAAAUCGUUUUUGUCUGCCCCUCGUCUGUGCUAAAAUCGCAUUUACUUGUCUCCUUGUAAAACAUUUCAACUUAAUCAGUACUUAAUGAGAAUUUCCUGCUGCUCCAAUAUUUGGAUUUGGAUAAUUUUUGUUGUGUUCUUCUAUUUCUUUGUCAGCCAUAAAUGGAUGCAGACGCUCCUCUGCUAUCAUUUAAGAAACUGUGUUUGUGCAAAUGAAGAGGCAAGAAGAGUUGGUUAUUUUUUAGGGGAAACACAAACCAGUGAGGAAUCCAACAUGAAAAAGCGGGAACGAUUCUUUAAGCAGACAAAAAUCCCGCUUUAAGUGAAAAUGUGGAAUCGCGGUGUAUUUCAUAGCAUAAAGAGUUUCUAUAAACAAAAACGUCUCUGGAAAAUCUAAGCUGCAGUGGUUUAAAUCCCAAAUCAAAAGUGCAGCGGCACAGGGAGAAGGAAUGCGAACCUGAAGCUUUCCCUUAACAUGAUCUAUGAGCACAGAGAUGGACUGGAGAUGGAGAACAUGAACCUCAGACAGACUUCAUCCACGUCUUCUGGAUGUCGUCCAAUUCCUAGGAGAAUUAAAACCGUCAGGAGCUGUGGGCGCUCAAACCAUCUGCUCUGGUAGCUUUUCACUCACAUCCUGACGGCAGAAUCAUUUCAGAAAAUCAUCUUUCAAUUUAAGAACAGCUUCAUCCUCCGCAGAACUUCCAGCCUCAAGUACCACAGUUUGACGAAUCCAAUGACGAAUCUCCAUUGGCUUGUUUUUGUUUAAAAAUCACCAAAAAGCCAGCAGUGAUGGUGCUUUUAAAAGUAUUUGAAGGCUGUUUUUGAUCACUCAUACCUGCAGCCGUUCAGGUCUCUAGCCUCUGUGUGCUCCUGGUCAUCAUGGCCGACUGCUCAUCCUCCUGUUUUCCAGUUUUGUGGAGGUUUCUUUUCAGAAAAACGUUUAGAAAAUGAAACGUUUUGAUUUUCUAUUCGUGUGUUUCAGCUUCCUUUUGAAACUAAUCUUCUUUCCAGCUGCUUUUGUCUAAAUGUAGUGAGCUGCUAAGCUGGGUCUGCCUCCACUCAUGACUAAGAAUGGGAUCUUUUUCAUAAAGCAUGAGCAGGCUUGGUUUGUUCCAAUGGAAACAGACCAGAGAGAAGAAAGGAAUCAGCUGCAGAAGCUGGCUUUUUGUCUGGAAACAACGCAGAUUUAUAAAGAGGAAAUCUGUGAACGUGAGAGUGAGGAAAGCAGAAAAACUAACCUAGAUGCAUCUACAUGUCAGCUGAUCGGUUUCAUGUUCAAACUCACCUCAACUGGCUGACGAGCAGAAGUUUGGGACUCCUUCUCUGGACUGAGAGAACAGAAACAGGUGACUUCUUUCCAAACACCAAAAAGAUUUUCCAGGAGAAAUUUCAGUUCAGUUUUUUCCUCAAUAUGCACCUUCUAGAGGGAAAAGAAGCUGCAAAUGAGUGGAGGACAACCAGCUGAUGAGGGUUUCCACCUCCACCUGUGUGGUAUACUGCCCCCUGCAGGGUAGGUUAGGAACUAAUCUGGCUCACAUUUACAGUCUUACACAGUUCAGCCUGCAUGUUGUGUUCUUCACAAACACACAUGCUUUUGUGCCUUGAUCUGCUGCUGCGUUUUCAUUGUCGUGAUAGUCUUAUUCUGGCAGAGCGCCGUGCCUUUGCACCUGUUUUUGACUCACCUCCAUGAGACCCACCUUCAGCCUUCUGCUCGGGGUGCGGCCGCCUCCCGCUCCUGUCUUCUUUCUGCACCUUUUCCUGAAUCUGACAGUGAAUUCGUGAAAUGUAUCCUGUGAGCUUGUUUCUUUGAUGUCGUUGACUGGGGUCACCUGGUGGAUUUUUUCUUUCUUAGCGAUGAGUCGGUGAUCUCCAGCUUCUUUCCUCCACCUUCAUCAUGAACGCAGACAUUUUUCAGAGCUAAUACCUUCCCAAAAAAAAGACACCAGAACUUAUCAGCUGGAGAGCAGAAUGAUCUUUUGCUGCUGUUCCAGCUUAAAUCCAAGCCCCCCCCUACUGUGCCUGAAACAGAUCUGAGUGCUCCUCAUGACAGAAAUGUUGAAAUGGUUUUUUUCUGCUGUGGAGAUUCUCCUCGUUGAUGAGCCUGAGAGCAGAAAUGGGUCAAAAGUGAAGCCUGUGGAGCAUCCAGUCAUGUUCAGGCCUGAAGGAGGUCAACAAGUGGAUCUGUUUAGUACGAGGCGCCGUUCAAAAGACCAUUCUGGGUUAGAUUUGAUCAGUUAUUUACAUUUUAAUUUGUGUGGGAUUUCCAAAUAAACCUCUUGACGUGUCCACGUUAAAGAGGGGAUUCAAGUUUUUGUUUUUUUUCAGGAAAAGACUGUCUUUGUGAUGGCGCCACAGGAAACUAAACUCUUUUUUAUUUUGUUCAAUUUAUUGAUACAAAUUUGUGGUUGCCAUGGUAACUUCAGCUAGGUAAUGUAAAUCUUUUAGAGCUAUAUUAAAAAUGUAUCAGAAAAGCAGUUAAAAAAUAUUCUCAGGUGAAAAUUUGAGAACGAUGUUAAACUGGAUUUUUUUUAGCUUAAUCUUAAUGGUUCUUUUGACAGAAAUGAAGGAGAUCUGAAUAGAUUUUGGGUAAUUUGCAGAAGAAUAAACGAGUCUCUACUUAAUCUGCUUCCUUCCAGCUGCUGCAGGUAAAACUGAAGCUGAUCUUUGCAGAAAGGUCUGUUUCUGAUCAAAUGUCCAAAAGCCUUUGAGCAGCAGUGAGCUGCAGAAACCCAUAUACCACUGCCCAUCAUCAUCAUCAUCAUCAUCGUCUGCUCUAGACGUAUAGGAAAUCCUAAAUGAUCUAAAGCAGUAUGUUACAGUGUAAACAGAACCGGACUCAAGUGCAGUUUCAACAGGUGGCGUUGCACCGUCGUCGUCUCGUUCUGCCUGUACCGUCUCCUUUAGCCCAUCUGUAUUUACCACGUUAUCCUCGGACUCUUUGUAACCUCAACUGUUGUACAAAUAAAAGUGAACUCAAAUCCA